AUGGGGCUGCCUCGCAGCGCUCUCGCGCUGUUCGCACUAUUCGCGCGCGUCGGCGGCGACGCGACGAUCUGCGUGCGGUCGGCGCCGAACCCCGAGUUCCAGGCGAGCCCGCUCAACUACGCGCACUGGCUGCUCGCCCACGCCUACCCGACGAUCGUCGCGCUCGACGGCAAGCCCUGGACGACCGUGCGCUUUCCUCUCGUCUACGGCGAGAACGAGCUGCUGGCGACGUGGCGGCGCCAGUACGAGGCGCUCCUGGCGCCGGCGGCCGUCGAGUUCGAGACGCGGAACGCGACGCUGCGGGCGGACGGCGCGACGGCGACCGUCGAGCUCUUCGGCGCCGCCGGGACGCUGGAGGCCCGCGUCGGCGCCGCCUGCGCGGCCCUCGGCGUCGGCGCCGACGCGUGCCGCCCCGUCGCCGGCCAGCUCGCGGCCGUCGCCGACCGGCGCGAGACGCCGUGCGACGCGACCGCGUCGAUCGACGUGCCGCACCUCGCGUUCUGCGACAAAAACCACUGGAACGGCAUAGACCGCCUCGCGACCCACGUCCGCCGGCGCUUCGCGACGCCCCCGUCGACGGCGCUCCUCGCGCCGAAGAUCUUCGUGCUCCUCCGGGCGCCGCGGAAGGUGGUCGGCGGCGAGCCCGUCGGCCGCUCCUGGGACGUCGCGGGCCUCGAGCGCGUCUGCGCCGCGGGGUUCCUCGCCGCGCGCGCGAAACACGCGGGCGUCGCUGUCGAGUGCGGCGCCUUCGACGGCGACACGCCCCUCGACGACGUCGCGCGCGCGCUCGGGUCCGCGACGGCGUUGGUCGCGGCGCACGGCGCCGGUCUCGCCAACGCGGUCUUCCUGCCGCGCGGCGCCCAAAUCUUCGAGCUCGACGCCGCGGGCCACGCGACCUUCCACCGCCACUUCUACCAGGACCUCGCCGCGGCGCUCGGGCUGCGGCCGGAGAAGGUCUGGCUCGACGGCGCCGGGCGCCGGGUUUCUCCUCGAACGAUCGUCAACUGCACGCGGUUCCGGCCCGACGGGUCGCCGAUCCUGACCCAGGCGCCGGAGGACCUCGCGGCGGCGCGCAUCGUCGACUACACGGCGCCCGCGACGCUCGGGCCGGAGACGUUCCUCGAGCUCGUCGCGGCCGCCGCGCCCGCGGCGCGGCGGGAGCCCGCGCGGCUCCCGGCGGCGAUCUACGACGUCGACGUCGGCGACGACCGCCGCACCUUCGCGCACGCCUACGGCGCGGACCUGCGCGCCGAGGCGGCGGCGUUCCUGGGGACGGACGACGUCGACGGCUUCGUCUGGGACGUCGCCGCGCGCGCGGCGCUCCCGGCGCCGCGCGCGGCGCGGACCUGGGGACUUGGAGAGAUCACAGACGCGGGCACGCAAGAACGAUGGACCCUCUACUGGGCAUCGCCGUUCGCGGCCUGCCGCGGGCGGCGGCCGCGCGUCGGCGAGCGGCCCGCGGACGGCUGCGAGGCGUGGGACUGGCUCUUGGACGUCGUCUUCCCGGGCCACGCCGUCGAGGCCUGCCCGGGCCUCGACGUCGUCGCGGACCGCGCCGUCUACGUCGUCCACGUGCCGAACUUCGCGGACACGGGCGCCCACCGCGCGCGCGUCCGCGCGCUCGGCCGCGAGCUGAGACGGCGAAACUACCGCGCGAUGCUCGUGCACCUGAGCGACGAGGGCGGCGACGUCGACGACUUCUACGAGCCCUGGCCCCUCGUGCUGCGCCAGUACUUCGACGCCGCGCUGGCGGAAAAGUGGGGCGGGAAGCUCCUGUUCCUGCCGCUCGGCUACGCGUCCGGCCACGGAAGGAAGGACGCGCCUUCGGCGCGCCGGCCCGUGACCUGGGCCUUCGUGGGCGACGCCAAGGGCAAGCCCACGCGGCGGAAGAUGCUCGCGGCGCUGGGGGCCUGGCCCCGCGGCGUGUCGCACGUGACGUCGCGGUCGACGACGGGCCGGCCGUGGCGGCCCGACGUCUGGUCGGCGGCGACGCUGUCCGCGCUCUACACGUCCGCGCGCUACUGCCCGGCGCCCAUGGGCUUCGAGUCGCCGGAGAGCUUUCGCUACUACGAAGCGCUGGAGGCCGGCUGCGCGCCCGUCGUCGAGGGCGGGUCCUACUUUUCCGACCUCCUCGCGCGCGUCGAAGCGAGCGUCGGCGGCGUCGAAAAAAGCCUCCGGGCGACGCUCCUCGUCGCCGACGACUGGGCCGCCGUGCCCGACGCCCUCGACGCGGCCGCCGACGACGAGGACCGCCGGCGGAGCGACACGGCGGCGGCCUGGGCCGAGCUCAAAACGAAGCUCGCGGCGACGGUCGCCGCCCGCGAGCGCGCGCUCGACGACGGGCACCGCCGCUUCGCCGUCUUCGUCGCCGUGCCCAAGACGGGCGGGCACCGGCGCACGCGCACGGUUCUCGCGGCGCUCCUCGGCGCGGGCGCGCGGGUGAUCCAGGGGCGCGACGUCGACACGCGGUGCACGGAGUACGCCUGGUGGGCGCGGCUGAACGCCAACGAGACCGUGGCCUACCGGGGCCGCGCCUACGCCGGUCCGGAGUCCUGGUGGGACCUCGUCGCGGCCUGCGCGGCGGCGACGGCGGACGUCGCCGCGCGGACCGCGGCCGACGCGGUCUUCUACGACCACGUCGGCCGCCUGCCGGCCCUCGCGGGCCGCGCGGCCUUCGUCGCCGUGCUCCGCGAGCCGCUGGCCUGGGUCGCGUCCCACUUCUACUUCCUCCGCGGCGAACCGCCGCCCGUCGGCCUCGCGGGCGCGCCGAACGCGACGGCCUCGCUCGCCGACGCCGUCUUGGCGGACCCGCUCCUGGCCUACUUUUCCUUCUUCGCGGACGUGCGCAACGCCCAGGCGCGCUACCUCUGCGGCGCGGCGCCCGCCUGCCGGCAGCCGCACGCCCAGGCCCCCGAGGAGCUCCUCGACGCGUUCGCCGUCGUCGGCGUCCUGGAAGACCUCCGGGGCACGCUGCUCGCGCUCGAGCGCGCGCUCCCGCGCAUCUUCGCCGGCGUCGCCGCCGCGCACCGCGACGGCGACCGCGCGUUCCUCCAGGCCGGCGACGCCGCGCGGCCCCGGGACGACCCGCUCCCGGCCGCCGCGGCGGACCGGCUCUCCGCGCUCUUCGCCGAGGACGCGGCGCUCCAUCGCGCGGCGACGGCGAGGCUCGGGGAGAUGCUUAGGGAUGGGGAUUACCGCGAGUGCAUCAACCGAUACUGCGACGAGUGCGCGCCGGCCGCGCCGCCGCCGCCGGCGACGGUAAAUUUCCACCCGGAGGCGCGCCUCCAGGGCCACAAGGAUCGCGUCUACGAUCUCGCGUGGGAGCCCGACGGCCGCCGCCUCGCGUCCGUGGGCCAGGUCGGCGGCUUCGUGUGGAACGGCGCGGAGGAGCGCGUGACCCUCGAGGGCGACGAGCUCAUGCGCGUCUGCUGGGACGGCGCCGCGCACGUGCUCUGCGGCGACUCGCUCGGCAAGGUCCGCGUCUGCUCGGCGUUCGACGGGCGGCCCGCGGCGACGCUCGACACGAGUCAGGACGACGAGAUCUACGGCCUCGAGGUGCUCCCGGGCGACGGGCGCCUCGCCGUCGGCGCGGGCGAGACGGCGCAGGUCUGGGACGUCGCGGCCGCGUCGCGCGUCGCGCGGACGACCUUCGCGCGGGCCGAGGCCGGCGUCGUCUUCGGCGGCGAGCGCAACCCGGAGGCGCGGGCCUACGUCUUCGACGUCGCCGUGCGCGGGCGCGUGCUCUGCUGCGCGCUCUCCGACGGCACGACGCGGCUCCUCGACGCGCGGACGCUCCAGGCCAUCGGUUCUUUGGACGCGCACGCGCAGCGCGGCUCCUGCGCGCUCGCCGUGGCCGUCGCGCCGGAGCCCGCGGCGCCGCUGCUCGCGUCGGCGGACCAGAGCGGCGCGGUGCUCCUCUACGACAUGCGCCGCCUCGGCGACGGGCCCGUCGCGGAGUCGCAACUGCCCGGCGGCAUCCACGCGCUCGCCUUCGUCGGAUCGGGGCCCCUCGUCGUCAGCGGGGGCAACGACGGCACGCUCCGCGCGCACGAGACGCGCGGCAUGGCCGUCGAGGGCUCCGCGACCGUGGUCAACAAGGUGCUCUGCAUCGAGGCGGCGCCCGACCCGGCCGCGCCGCGCGUCGCGAGCGCGGGCGGCACGGGCAACGUCAUCAGCGACGCGGGCAUCAACGUCUGGCGCGUCGAGAGCGGGCCCGCGGACUUCGCGGCGCGCGUGCGGGAGCUGCUGUAA